GCCACAUUUAACCUGUUUUCUCAAGAAUCUCAACUUUCCUUCACCAACUUCAAACCAUGAGUUACCCAGGCAACUACGGAUCGUAUAAUCAAUAUCCUCCUCCACCUCCUCAGCAACAACAGUAUCCCCCUCCUCCGCAACAUAAUGCGCCUUAUCCACCACCACCUCCAAAUUCACGGGGUCAUUAUCCGCCUCCUCCGCAGCAACAGGUACUCAGCCCGUCUUACAGCUAGUAGUGCCAACUGCUUUUUUUAACUCGUACCUAAUCACUAGUUUGCACCGCCCCCAUAUCCUCCACCUGGCGGCGGUGGGUCAUACGGUCCUCCCAGUGGUAGCCCAUACCCCCCUCCUCCUCCUCAGAGUGGACAGAUAAGACCUCCACCAUACUCAG